ACCCCCCCCCCCCAAAAAAAAAACUUGGCUGAUAACUCGGAUUUAAAAAGAAAGGCGAGGAAAAGCCCCAGCCCCUUGCCUGCGCGGUCGGGAGGACGGGAGGGCGGCCGGCGCGGCGGGCCGGGCGCGGGUGCCGGUGCCGGCGGCCGCGGCGCGCCUGGAUGCGCGGGCUGUAGGGGGGCGGGCAUGGCCGACAAGCGGCGGUCCUCGCCCGGCACCACCAUGAGCCUGAAGGCUCACGCCUUCUCCGUGGAGGCGCUCAUCGGGGCCGAGAAGCAGCAGCACCAGCAGCAGCAGCAGCCGCAGCAGCAGCCGCAGCCGCCGCCGCGGCAGCCCAAGCGGCGGAAGCUGGGCGGCGAGGACGAGGCGGCGGAGGACGAAGGGGGCAGCGGCUGCUGCGCCAAGAGCUCCCCCGCCACCACCGCCGCCGCCGCCGCCGCCGCCGGCAGGACCUGCGGCGACAUGGAGCUGGGCUGCGCCGCCCGCGCCGCCGCCGGCGGCUGCGAGGAGGGCUUCCCGGCGGCCUCCCCGCCCGCCUCCCCCGGCGGCUCCCCCAAGGGUUCGAGGCCCGGUUCGCCGCCGCCCACGCCGCAGGCGCCGCGGGUGGACCUGCAGGGCGCCGAGCUCUGGAAGCGCUUCCACGAGAUCGGCACCGAGAUGAUCAUCACCAAGGCGGGAAGGCGGAUGUUUCCCGCAAUGAGAGUGAAGAUCUCAGGUUUAGACCCACAUCAGCAGUAUUAUAUUGCUAUGGAUAUUGUGCCAGUGGAUAACAAAAGAUACAGGUACGUUUAUCAUAGCUCCAAGUGGAUGGUGGCUGGUAAUGCUGACUCCCCGGUACCGCCUCGUGUUUAUAUUCACCCCGAUUCACCCGCCUCCGGGGAGACGUGGAUGAGACAAGUGAUCAGCUUUGACAAACUGAAGCUUACCAAUAACGAGCUGGACGAUCAAGGGCAUAUUAUCCUUCACUCUAUGCAUAAAUAUCAGCCUCGUGUCCACGUCAUCCGAAAAGACUGCGGAGAUGAUCUGUCCCCCGUCAAGCCUAUCCCUUCAGGAGAAGGGGUGAAAGCCUUCUCCUUUCCAGAGACAGUUUUCACUACUGUCACAGCGUACCAAAAUCAACAGAUAACUCGUCUGAAGAUUGAUAGGAAUCCAUUCGCCAAAGGGUUUAGAGAUUCGGGACGUAACAGAAUGGGACUGGAAGCUCUGGUAGAGUCUUAUGCCUUCUGGAGACCUUCGCUGAGGACACUUACAUUUGAAGAUAUACCUGGGAUACCCAAACAAGGAAACGCAGGUUCCUCUACUUUACUCCAGGGAUCCGGCAGUGGAGUGCCAUCUACCCACCCUCACCUUUUACCGGGUUCCCCUUGCUCAUCUCCAGCCUUCCACCUCAGUCCCAACACUAGCCAGCUCUGUAGCCUUGCUCCAGCUGACUACACAGCUUGUGCCCGCUCAGGCUUGACCCUGAACAGAUACAGCACUUCUUUGGCUGAAACCUACAACAGGCUCACAAACCAAACCAGUGAGACGUUUGCACCCCCGAGGACUCCCUCCUAUGUCGGUGUGUCGAGUAGCACAACUGUGAAUAUGUCUAUGAGUGGCAACGAUGGGGAUGCAUUCAGCUGCCCGCAGACUGGCUUAUCUAUGCAGAUUUCAGGGAUGUCUCCACAGCUCCAGUACAUCAUGCCAUCCCCAUCCAGCAAUGCCUUUACCACUAAUCAAACCCACCAAGGCUCCUACAACACGUUCAGACUGCACAGCCCCUGUGCGCUCUAUGGAUAUAACUUUUCCACAUCCCCUAAACUGGCUGCCAGUCCUGAGAAAAUCGUUUCUUCCCAAGGAAGUUUCUUGGGGUCCUCGCCAAGUGGAACCAUGACGGAUCGGCAGAUGUUGCCCCCUGUGGAAGGAGUGCACUUACUUAGCAGUGGGGGGCAGCAGAAUUUCUUUGACUCUAGGACCCUAGGAAGCUUAACACUCUCGUCUUCUCAAGUGUCUGCACAUAUGGUUUGAUGAAGCCUUUAAGUAAAAGUACAGUAUGUUUGGUGUCUACAAUGUAUUUCUUUUGGAAUAUGAAAGGACACUCGAUGUAGCUUGUAAAGUGUGUGUAUAUAUAAUAUGAGAGGAAGUUUCACUGAAUUUUUGACUUGUUUGUGGCCAGAUUAUUCUCCUAUUUUGAGUUACACAGAGUUUGCUGUGGCGCAGACUGCUUUAGUUUUCUGGUAUAAUACACUUAGUUGUAUAACACGUUGGGACAUAUGCAACAAAUUAAGUAAGACUUCCUCCCCUUUCCCCCUCCUCUGUUCUAACCCCUUUAAAGAAUGAAAUGACACUUGGAGUAUUAAACAACACAAACAAGCCCACUUACA